CUAUCAAUAAACAACGUGAGUGACGGAAUGGGGCCAGAGCUGGUUUCAACCGGACUCAGCCAGUUAGCUGAUCCAUUGGACUCAAAGAAAAGAGCGGCGGAGAAGGGCAAGGGCUGGCCGAGCAUAACUUAGAAGCCCAGUAGUGAUUAGGCAGCGCCAUGUUGGUGGCACAGAGAGGAGUUCAGGUGUUGGUGCCAGCUGUGCAGAACUUCUCAAGGACCCUUCCAGCGCUCGCCGCUUCUCACAGAUGGGAAGUGUUACAGCAGCGCCUCCUACAGACAGCUGCAGGAAAAGGCGACAACGCCCUGCCUGCAAGGACGACUCUCAUCCGACAGGGGGCGCUCCAGACGCACCAGCUGGGUCUCAACCUAUCAGAGGAGACAGCAGCGGAGUCAGAAGAGCUGAGCUUUGACAAUCCCUCGCAGGCGUUCAGGACAAAAUCCACGUGGGAGAUCGCUCGAGCGUUGCUGGUGCUCCGACUCUGCUCAUUUGAUGUACUGGUCGACAACAGUCUCAAGCUGAUGAAAGUAGGCCAAAGCUUCCUGGGUCAGAGGUUAUUUGAAACGGUGAUGCGUGCGACGUUCUACGGCCAGUUCAUCGGAGGUGACACAGAGAAAGAGAUUGAGGCGACGGUAAGGAGGCUGCUUAACUCCGGGCUGCAGACACUGCCAGCAAUAACCAUUGAGGAAGACAUUGGUGAUGAGAUGGUCAUCAGAGAGGAGUUCUACGACUCUGCUACCCAGUUCUACCUGGACUCCAUCCGGCUGCUCGCCAGGCUGUCCGACUACGUGGAAGUCCCGCUGUUCCAACUUCGCGUCACGUCCUUUCUGCACGCCAACCUACUGGUGAUAAUGAGCAAGCACAUGGAUGCAGGCUGCCCUGAGCUGUCUGUGGAGAACCUUGCCAGUGGGCUGGCUGAAGACAACCAGAACUUCAGCGUGUCGGUUCUGACGGAUCAAGAGAACGAUCACCUCCGGAACAUGCUGCGAAGACUCCACGCCGUGUGCCGCGAGUGCUCCGACCGAAGGAUCUGGCUGGCGGCAGACGCGGAGUACACGUACAUGCGACCCGCCAUGACCCAGCUGAUGCUUGCCGCCAUGUUUAAGUUCAACCAGAAGGAGCCGCUCAUAUGGAACACCUACCAGUGUUAUCUUAAGGGUGCCCAUGAUAACAUCACUCGAGACAUUCAGCUGGCCAAGGAGCUCAGCAUGUGCUUCGGGGUCAAACUGGUGCGUGGCGCCUACAUGGACAAGGAACGAGCACUGGCCAAGGAGAAGGGCUACGAGGACCCGAUCAACCCAACGUACGAGGCAACAGGAGCGAUGUAUCACCGGCUGCUGGACACCAUGCUACACGAGAUCAGUCGCCAGGGCCGGCGCUGCAAGCUCAUGGUCGCCAGUCACAACGAGGACUCCAUCAAGUAUGCCGUGUCGAGGAUGAGAGAGCUGGGGAUAGAGCGGAACGACGGCCGGGUGUGCUUCGGACAGCUGUAUGGCAUGUGUGACCAGGUCUCCUACCCACUGGGUCAGGCGGGGUAUGCGGUGUACAAGUCGACCCCCAUCGGGCCCAUGGAGACGACCCUGGCGUACCUGCAGCGCCGGGCGCUCGAAAACCGCUCGGUACUCAGCGGGAUCCGCAAGGAGCGUGACCAGCUCUGGAGCGAGAUGAAGAGGAGGAUCGCUCAUCCUCAGUCCUGGAAAAACGUCUGAAUCUUAUCACUGUAAAAUAAUGCAUUUAAGUUUGCGGAGAUUUAAUUUUGCGGUAGCACCACAGUAGUCUCUUUAAUACUGUUAUGGAAAAAUAUUCGCGGUGGUUUUAAAUUUGCGGUGAAGCGGCCGCCGCGAGAACCGUGAACAUUAAACCACCAUGAAAGUGUCUGCAUUUACAGUAACCUACAGGCAAUAUAACUAACCUGGGUACCAUCCGGAAAGUAGUUCGCUCCGGCGUUCAUUAUAUACUAUACACAGUCAGUCGCUUCUUAGCUCUGACGUUCAUUGUACACUAUAUAAAGUUGCUUCUCUGCCGUUUCAUCUGAAACCCUGACCAUCUUACAAUAGCAGAACAUAUAGGAGCGAUAUACUCAAUAAUCCGCAUGGUACCCAGGCUACUGCAGAACAGGGUUACAGGGUAAUGUCAUAAAGCCAAAAGGUGCAUACAUGUACAUGUAUGUUCCAACACAAUCCUGUUGUUCUGACACACCUAUGUUCCAACAACCCCGGCCUACAUGUACAAAAUGUAUGUUUUAACCCCCUUGUUUAUUCAUUUAAAAACAUUUCUUUAAUGUUUUAAAGAAUAGGGUUAAAGUUGGGGCUUUGGUUAGGGUUAUGAUUUCAGAACAACGCAUUACAUGCUAUGUACAUGACGUAUAUUUAAUCUAUAGGUGUCAUAACAUACGAUGUAUAUAGGGGUUCAACCAUAAUGUUAAAGGGAAGGGCAGUGGCUAAUUCGAAUUGUUCUGUGAGCUAAAAGCCACACACUUCUUUGUGAAGUUUCUCACACUAUUGUUCUUGUUUAUCAUAAUUGUACAUGGAAAGUGGAUUUCAAUUAAUUACACUAAAUUAAAUGUACAUACUACUUUUACAACAAAGUUUACAGGAGUAUGGAGGUAGUGUAUGUGAUUGCAAGGCAAUCAAAACAUUUAAGCAGGGACAAUACAAAAAAUGUAACAGGUUUCUAUUUGGAUCUGCUUAUUAUAAUAAGCUUGACAAUGUAUACGUCUGUCUGCUUUAUCUUAAAUCGUAAAGUGGCAAAAAGCCACAAAAAGUUACUUUGGAGUUUGGACCACUUCAUUGUCUAGAAUUAUGCAAAAUGAUGGAAACACUGUCUGGUGUUAUCUUUACUUUAAAGGCAGGUAACAUAUUUUAAAGUAAAUUAACAAGAAGUUUUAAAGAUAUUGUCAAAUAUUCAUUGUAAAGGUAUAACCUAACUAAUGUUGAUGAUGUACAUUAUUAUAUUAACAUACUUAUUAUUUACAUGUUGUAUACUAAGAAAGAACUGUCUAUCACA